AGAAGAACAUUCCUUGGUGGUAUGCAGGUGCUAAUGGCUAAUUAGCUGUAUGUAAUUGUGUAUAUAUGUAACAUAUGUUGACAAGCUCUCAGCUAAGUUCACCUAUAAACUUACUGACAGCACGUCUGAAAACGUUUCACCCUGCUCCUCGGCAUCGAGAGCAUACACUUUUAUGCCCAAAUGACAGAGUCGCUGCUGUGAACGUUAUGAGCGGUGUAGGUUUAGGCUGCGGGCUGUGGUUGUGUUGUUAGCAUUAGCCUGUGAGCAGGGUUCAGGCAGACAGAUAUGGAGACUCGAGGCAUUGAAGACAUGUUUGACUUUCGACGGUUCUCCAAAGACGCUUUAGUUCUACUGUUGUUGCUGUUUUAUUUUCCAGUUGGGAUUUGUUUGAUGUUAAUCCGAAUUUUUAUUGGAGUUCACGUGUUCUUGGUGAGCUGUGCACUUCCAGAAAGUUUUGUUAGGCGAUUUAUUGUCAGGGUUAUGUGUUCAGUGUUGGGGAUGCAUGUCAGACAGAAGAAUCCUCGCUCCAGAGACAAAAAUACCAAGCUGUACAUAUGCAAUCAUGUGACAGAGUUUGACCACAACAUAAUCAACCUCCUCACCCCCUGCAAUACCCCUCAGUUGGAAGGCUCCACAGGUUUUGUGUGUUGGGCGAGAGGCUUCAUGGAAAUCCAUCCAGCGUCUGGUUUUGGAGAGACUCUUCAGAGGUACUGCUUGAAUGAAAGCACCCUGCCUCUGCUUCUGUUCCCUGAGGAGGACACCACAAAUGGACGUGCUGGCCUGCUAAAGUUCAGUUCCUGGCCUUUCUCAUUGACUGAUUCCAUUCAGCCUGUGGCCUUGCGGGUGACCAGACCAUUCGUUGCUUUGAACACACCAGAGUCCACUUGGCUGGUGGAGCUGUUAUGGACAUUUUUUGCUCCAUGUACAGUGUAUCAUGUAAGUUGGCUUCCACUGGUAUCCAGACAAGAUGGCGAGACCACACAGGAAUUUGCCAACAAAGUUCAGGAGCUGCUUGCCUGUGAGCUUGGCUUGGUCUCCACAAAGAUUACUAAAGCAGAUAAAGCGGAGCACAUCAAAAAGAACAGACACCCGACAUCACAGACAUCUACAACUGCCAGAUCUGGAUCUCUUGGUUUCAUGGUCCAGAGUUUGGGGACAGAUGAUCACAGGAUUGCUAAAAUGGCACAGCAGGUGAAGGAUGUGCUUCCUCAUGUCCCACUGAAUAUCAUCACAAAGGACUUGGUGAAAACCAACUGUGUUGACGCCACAAUUACAAAUCUGCUGGAGAACAAGGAUGAAGCUCAAAUGGAAGCUACUGGGAUGUCGGCAUUUGGGUCCUCUCAGAGCAUGGCUUGUUCCUCUGGUCUCACUUCCACCAUAAAGCCUGCUGCCAAAACAUUUGGGAGAUCACCAGCUGACAGACAUCUGUCACUCCAAGAGAGGAAAGAAGCUUUGUAUAAUUUGGCAAGAAGGCGCUAUAUUGAAAAACAUGGAUUGGAUCAUGAAGAUGGCCACUGAACACACUUUGGAGUCACUGACUAUUAUUUCAAAUUAUUUCUAAUUUGAAUGGUAACUUUUAUACAUGCAUAUGUAUAUACAUAUAUAUUCUGUCAGCAGGUUAUUUUUCCCCCUUACGAUAAAGAGAUGUCUUAUGAACAUGCAUAUAUUGAUGGCACUUUUGCAUGUUUAAUUCUUCAUUCUGGACGAUGCAUAAUUUUGAUAAGUUUGUAUUACAAUCCAUUGACUGUGAAUCAUCUAUUUAUUUUUAUAAUGUUCAGUCAGUGAGGACAAUAAAGCUCAGCUUGACAAGGA